UUAACUUAGGCAGAUUCUACAGAGUUUAUAGCAACUCUUCUAAAAGUUAAUUUCGCAACGUCUGGUAAAUGUGUCGCUAGCGCACAAAGAUGCGAAUCGCUCGCGCACUGAGUGCACGCUUGGUGCACGCUUGACGACAGCAGCUGAACAGGACAGCAGACAACGCUGUUUCGCAGGUUCGCAAUAAAGUUCGGUUAAAUAAAACGCUAGUUCAAAACACAGGCCGUACGUUGCGUUGCAAAAAAAUGGAAUUGUCAACUGUCAAAUAGAAUAAAAAUCAGUCGUGUCUGGCCCAACUAAAAGAAUAGCGCAAAAUUCUAGUAGAUUUUUAUAAAAAGCACAAUACGAUGUAAUUGAAAUGUUCCGGUGAUAUCAAAGAUGAAGAGGGUUAAACGGAGGCCGGGUCGCAGUCCCCCUAAGAAGUUUGAGAAAUAUGAGAUCAAUCGAAACAUCAAUAAGAUAGCACUUCUCUCGCCCGAGGUUGAGGAGGUGUUUCCACCUCCUAAGGAAAGAUGCGACGAAGAUGUGGAAGUUGCUGCUAUUGGGCGCGAAAAUCCCUUUGCAAGAAGCAAAUCACAUCGUUGCACUUUCUACAGACCCAGCAAUGAAGACUUCGGGCAGCUGACGGACAUGGCUUUGCCUCCGAAUGAUUAUUACAAGAACCUUCUUCAAGAAAUCUGCAACGAGUCCACGCCAGACACGAUAAAAGCGGAGAUGAAGAAUGCCUGCGAAGGAUCCAUGGUCCAGACCUGUUCGGCAUUCGUGGAGCCGGCCAGCGUUCUCAAACUAGACGAACACGUGAUGGCGGACCUGAUGGACGACGUGCAGUGGCAAACCAUCGACAGCGUCAGCGACGCGGACUUGUUUCUGUCGAGAGUGCCGAGCCCAGAGCAGAUCGAGGAGGUGCCGAAAGAUAAAAAGCGUACCCCAUCGGUUCGUAGUAAUAUUCGUAUAUCGGAAACACCUCACGUAAAACGGAUCGCGGAGAAGUUCGCGAAGUUCAAAAAGAACAACGUUGAGGUCCGCAAACUUGAAGAGAGAGUGGUUUGCCUGGAGUACGAUAUUUUCGACUUGAACGCGGCCGACCCUGCGGUGCCGACGCAGAAAAUGAGGGCAUUUUUCUCCAUAAAAAUGAAAGAUUUUGGAAGCGAUAACAACAAAGAAAAUAUACCUUCGAUCCCAUCUGGUGUAAAACGCAACUUCAACUUAGACGACGGAGACCUUCAGAAACUGAACAAGAAAGAAAUAGAAAUCAUAGACAAUGAGAUACCUGAAAACCGGUCCUUACUCGAGGACCUCAAGCGAGUGCUGAGACGGAAGCAGGCACUCGAAAACAAAAAGAGACGACCAACAUUGGACCUCAUGUGUUUGUACGAGAUGGCUAAACGAGAGAGCCCACCUGUCAACUACGACUAUUCGAACACCAAUCUCUUAUCGAAAGCGGAACUACAAGAAAUUAAAGAUUUGAUUCUGAAAAAAUGCGAGUCGAGUGUUUACGGGAUUAAUAGAAGAACGGUGAAAUGUAGAGAUGAAGUGAAUGAUGCUAAGUGUGUGCUGUCGAACAGUUUGAUAAACGAGUUGAUGCGGGAGGCUGAAGUUUGAAAAUAAAUGAAAGUUCAGUUUUACCACCUACAACUAAGGCCACAGUUAGACUACAAUAGGAAUUAUCAUAUACAUAUAUGGGAUCCUAUUGGAAAGCAUGAUAUACGCGUAAUUUGUUAAUUUUUUUAUUAUUUCACCAUCAUAGGUUAAUUGAGUAACAACAAUUUUAACAAAUUAGGCGUAUAUGAUUAUAAGUAAAUAGGAUCCCAUAUAUAUGAUCAUUUAUAUGCAUUGACAUAUAUAUCUAAGAACGGGCCUUACGGGCCCUAAGACUGGUGCUAGUUCAGUGGUGUCACUCACGAAUUCGAGCCAAUCGUGCAGUCUAACGAAACUAGUAGCGACCAAUCGCGCGCGUGGUGCGAACUCAUCAACCAAUCGCGUUGCGGCGUUAGACUGCACGAUUGGCUCGAAUUCGUGUGCGUGACACCGCUGUACUGGCCCCAUUCUUAUUGUCCGUAAGGCCCGUCCUUAGAUAUAUAUGUCAAUAUUUAUAUGAUAGUCUAAUUGCGGCCUUAUACAUUAAUGUCUCAGUUAAUUGUACCAUAGACAUAGACCAGGGAUCGGAAACCGGUAUUUUUGUAUGGGAACGAAAACGGUAUUUUUUCGUUCUUUGUUAAUUACCUACUUCAUUUCUAAUUAGGCAAUCUAAUAAUACAAAGUCGUUAUCUGAAAACACAACUGAGUCCUACAUUUAGAGUAUAAAAUAAACCGAAAUAUAUGGUUAUUUCGAUGUUUUUGCAAAAAACCGGUUCCGAUUCCUGCAUAGACAAAGAAUGGCUAAAGUAGAUGACGCUCUUUGGCGUCAUACCUUUGCUGUAAGUAGGUAAAUAACUGGAUGAUUAAGUGUUAGUACUAGACAACCAAAUUAGAAUUACCAGUAAACGUAAUAUGACGCCAUACAGCGCCACCUACUUCUGUAAGUAAUAAAAUGAUUUGUCAGCAGCAGUCUACACACGUUCUUAUUCUUAAGAAUAAAAUUGAUCGAUAGAGAUCAUUUUGACCACUUUAGCUCAAUGCAACUACUGAAACUAAGAUUCCAUAAAAAAAUAUUGUUCGUUACCAAUUAUAACCUGUUGUACAUAUUUGUCAGAAGUUUAGUUACAUCGUAUUAAUAAAUUAAAAAUACAUAAGCUAAAAACCA